CACUUUUUUUUUUUAAGGACAUAAAGGUUCCAUUGAAAACAAAACCUCUCUCCUCUCAGACGGCCAACGCUUACAGCUCGCCAUCUCUCUCACGAAAUCUCCCUCUUGAUCUUUACCCACAUGGCUGAAAACACCAGUUGAUGUGGAAGCAAAAGCCUAUCCUCCAGCAAUUGCAGUGGUUUUUUAGCAGCUCAGGUCUAAGUUUUCUGUUGGGAGAUCGAAACUCUGCAGUAGGCGCUGGGCGGCUGGGCAGUCAUGAUAGUCACUCUCCGCCUCUCCUUCGUCGCUCUCUCUGCACCACGCAACCGCGCCACACCUCUCUCUCUCUUUCCCUCCCUCCCUCCUUGAUGGGAUCUCCCUCAGUCUCUCACUUUGUCAACUUGACACUUGUUGAUCUUCCUGGGCUUACAAAAGUUUCUGUUGAGGGUCAGCCCGAUAGUAUUGUGCAGGACAUUGAAAAUAUGGUUUGCUCCUACAUUGAGAAGCCCAACAGUAUAAUUUCAGCAAUUUCACCUGCUAAUCAAGAUCUUGCUACAUCUGAUGCAAUUAAAAUCCCUUGUGAAGUGGAUCCAACAGGCUAUUAUUGCGGUUCCGAGAAACUGAUGCUGGGAGUGGAGGUUAAAAAAGUUUUAGUGCGUCUCUGCUUCCCGUGGCCAAUCCUAGAUCCCUGAGAUCAUGGUGCUGCCCAUGCUUGAAAUGAAGACCCAAGCAGGAAGCUGCUACAUGGUCGGGGCCUCCAAAGGCUAGGAGGGAUUCGACAGAUAUUGAAAUAUAUGGGAUGCAAGGAAUCCCACCUGAUGUCUUGGCUGCACAUUAUGGAGAGGAAGUUGCUUGUUUACUCUUUGGAAUAUUUUCUGAAAAAUCAUGGUCAUUUGCAGAAUACGACGCCCCGUCAAAAAUGGCUAAAUGGAAAUCCCAUCAACUCAGCUUGUUGGCGGUGUGGUGCCAGGUUCACUGGGGAUAUAUCCUCCCUAACCACCUUUUGAAAUGCGGCCAAUGUAUGUUUUUACUUUUCUGUGAGGUUAUUUUAUUGCUUUAUAUGUCUCAAUGUUUGGCAAAAGUAGGUCAGCAAUUAUAUCUUCCUGCAGUAGAAUACAUGAUUAUCAUAUCAUAGAUUUAUAAACAACUUAUCUACAUGCUUAUAUUCUUUGUUUGCAUCAAAUACAAUUCAUCGGUCCCAAUGCCUCAUAACGGUUGGCAAGUUGCACCCCGUCCCCAGCCUUGGUAUCCACAGCCUCCGGCAGUCUCUGGUCCUCCGCCUUCCGGAUUGGGUUAUUCACAACAGCCAUUGUUUCCUGUGCAGCCACCUCUACCAUCAACAACAUCCCCUGGACUUCAAUCUUCACAGUAACUCCUCCUGAACUGCUGCAUUAAUUAAUUGAUGUAAUGAUUUCUACUAAAACAUUUCCAAUUGUUAUUCUGUAAAUGAAAUUAAUCAUAAUGAGGGUAAUAUGAGUAUGACAUUUGAGCAAAAAGAAAUUUUUUUUUAUUUGAACAUACCUCA